AUGCCUGAAAAGAAGCACACGCUGGCUGGUGAGAAAGGGGUCAUGGAGACCAAGACAGACGAUCUUCCGCAUCAAAGUCCAGAGCAAAUGGAGUCAAGGGAGGUCUUGGUGGCAAGGAGCAAGACUGCCCCAUCUUAUGAAGCAAGCAUUAAGUGUGAAAGUUGCCCAGGACGAGUGAACGAGCGGUUGGACAACCUCCCUGUGAAUCCUCCUGGUGGAGAAAGCAAAUGGGAUCAGACUGAAACCACAGCUCAAGAAAAGAUCCAUUUCUCUGAAAGAGGCUUCCACUGGAGCACAGACCUGGGAUCCCAUGCAAGAUCCCGGUCCGGCAGGAAAGUGCAUAAAUGUUCCGAGUGUGGGAAAGAUUUCCGCGAUAAAGGGGCUCUCAGAAAACACGAAAGAGUUCUUCACACUGGAGAAAAACCCUACAAGUGUUCUCUGUGUGAGAAAAGCUUUGGCAACAGCUCCAACUUCACGGCCCACGAACAGAAUCACAAGGGAGAGAAACUGUACAAGUGUUUGGCGUGUAAUCGGCGCUUCAGCCGCAGGGGGAUCCUCGUAAGGCACGAGAAGAUUCACACGAGAAGGAAGCUGCUUAAGUGUGCCUGGUGCGCCAAAUAUUUCGCGGACCGCUCCAACCAGGCAGUCCAUGAGAGGAUUCACAAAGGGGAGAAGCCUUAUCAGUGCUCCGAGUGUGGGAAAAGCUUCAACCAGAAAGGAAACCUGAUGAUGCACAAGAGAAUCCACACAGGAGAGAGGCCAUUUAUGUGUGCGGAAUGUGGGAGAAGCUUCAGUCAGAAGGGAAACCUUUCCAAACAUGCGAAAAUGCACAUGCGAGAGAAACCACAUGAGCGUGUAGAACAACCUGCUAUUGUUACUGAAUGA